GUUUCAAUAUCGCUCAGUCACUCGCUAUGUUUUUCCUUCUUCCACUAGCUCUGCUCCUGUUGCAACAGGUUUCGGGCGCAUUCAUUCCAACAGCCGAACUUGUCCGAAUCGACAAUGAUUAUGCACGAAGGCAAGCUGCCACAACGACUAGUACUACGUCAGCUACGACAACCUUGAAGCCAGAUUCUCAAUGUACAAACGGGCCGCUGACUCGUCAAUGUUGGGGAAAUGGCUUCAGUAUCGCUACAAAUUAUGACAGUACCUGGCCCAAUACUGGCAAGACCGUCUCAUAUACAUUGGAGAUCACGAAUACAACAAUGGCACCAGACGGCGUUCCGCGCACGGUCUAUGCUGUGAAUGGACAAUACCCAGGGCCUACCAUAGAGGCCAAUUGGGGCGACACACUUCAGAUCACCGUCAAGAACAGCCUCACAACCAACGGGACGAGCAUGCACUGGCACGGUGUCCGUCAGUGGCACUCGAACGAGAUGGACGGCACGAAUGGCAUCACUGAAUGCCCUCUUGCUCCCGGUCAUUCUCGGACUUACACUUUUCUUUGCACGCAAUUUGGUACGACAUGGUAUCACAGCCACUAUUCAAGUCAAUAUUCCGACGGUGUGGUCGGUUCAAUCAUUAUCAAUGGUCCUGCCACCUCCAACUAUGAUAUCGACCUGGGCACGUUUCCCAUGACCGACUGGUGGUACACACCCGUAUUCACGCUUGACCCUUUGAUCCAGACCGGUGCCUUCCCAACCGGACCACCUUCCGCCAAUAACAUCCUCAUCAACGGCACAAACGUAAACCUGAACGGCACUGCCGGCAAAUACAGCAGGACAACCUUGACGAAGGGCAAGAAAUACCGGUUGCGCCUCAUCAACACGUCUACGAACGACAACUUUCAAGUCAGUCUAGACGGGCACAACCUCACCGUCAUUACCGCAGACUUUGUCCCCAUUGUCCCAUUCUCCACACAAUGGUUGUAUAUUGGCAUAGGACAACGGUACGAUGUCAUCAUCAACGCCAACGAAGCGAUCGACAGCUACUGGUUCCACGUCGUCCCUCAAUCGGGCUGCAGUAACAACCAGAAUUCAGACGCCCUCGCAAUCUUCAGCUACGUCGGCGCAAGUUCGAGUACGCCUUCCAACGCGACAAAGAGCAAUGCCCCUUCAACGCCAGGAUGCUCAGAUCCAAACAAGAGUCUCGUUCCAUACGUCAAAUUGAACGUGCCGAGCAACUACACAAUCCCACAGUCUUCGGACCUGGACGUCGGCUUCGCCAUCGUGCAGAACACGGCCCAACAGACCUUGUUCCAAUGGAACCUCAACUUCACCGCCAUUCAAGUCCCAUGGGGCAAGCCUACACUGCAAUACGUCUUGGAUAGCAACACCAGUUAUCCUCCGGACAUGAACCUCAUUUCCCUUCCCAACGCCAACGCCUGGUCAUAUUGGGUCAUCCAGGCCGUUACUACCCUUGCACCGCCCCAACCACAUCCGAUUCAUCUGCACGGACACGACUUCUACGUCCUCGGCGCUGAUUCGGGUAUCUAUAACAACUCGCAGACUCUGAAUUACGUGAAUCCGCCACGACGAGACGUGGCUAUGCUUCCUGCUGGCGGAUAUUUGGUUAUUGCUUUCAUCACGGAUAAUCCAGGCGCGUGGCUUAUGCAUUGCCACAUCGCGUUCCACAUCGGCCUGGGUCUUGGAGCGCAGUUCCUUGAAGAGCCUGACUAUAUCCGGAGCACGUUGCCGAUCGGGCAGGAUUGGCAGCAGGAGUGCACUGAUUGGAAUAAUUAUUAUGCCACGGCAUUGUAUAAGGAGUCAGACUCGGGUUUGUAAGGCAGAAUAGCUGCGUAAGGACCAGGCUGGAUUGUUGGUGAUAAAAUCUUGUUCGACGAAAAUCCGUGGUAAGUGUACCAGAAUAGAUGUGAAAUGGUUCAAGAACCUGCUUUCAUAGUUUGGCUGCUUGCUAGGGGAUACCACAAUUCGCACAGAAUAUCAGCAUCGCAUUCACGUCAACACCAACCGGAACUCGGAAUCGAUAAGUAGUAAAUGCACACUUAUUCGGAGGCAUAACAGAACAA